GGGCGGGGCGGGGGUCCCCACCCCAAGGCUGAGUGACGCCCGCAGUCACUUCACAAGGCAGAAAUUGUUACCCGGGCAAUAAAAGUCAUCGCGGCUCUAGGACCUUGGGAGUGGGCACAUGGGGGCACGGGGGUGCAGGUGCCGAGCACCAUGGGUUAGGCCCGAGAUCGGAGUCCGGCCGCCCCCCGACAGCAGCCGCCUCCUGCUCCCCGCGCGCCCCGGGCGCCACCAUGUCGGGCGACAAGCUCCUGAGUGAACUUGGCUAUAAGCUGGGCCGCACGAUAGGUGAGGGCAGCUACUCCAAGGUGAAGGUGGCCACCUCCAAGAAGUAUAAAGGGACGGUGGCCAUCAAGGUGGUGGACCGUCGGCGAGCGCCUCCGGACUUCGUCAACAAGUUUCUGCCUCGAGAGCUGUCCAUCCUGCGGGGAGUACGGCACCCGCACAUCGUGCACGUCUUCGAGUUCAUCGAGGUGUGCAACGGGAAGCUGUACAUCGUCAUGGAGGCAGCAGCCACCGACCUGCUGCAGGCAGUGCAGCGCAACGGGCGCAUCCCGGGGUCACAGGCGCGCGAACUCUUCUCGCAGAUCGCGGGUGCCGUGCGCUACCUGCACGACCACCACCUGGUGCACCGCGACCUCAAGUGCGAAAACGUGCUGCUGAGCCCUGACGAGCGCCGCGUCAAGCUCACGGAUUUCGGUUUUGGCCGUCAGGCGCACGGCUACCCAGACCUGAGCACCACCUACUGCGGCUCGGCCGCCUAUGCGUCACCUGAGGUGCUCCUGGGCAUCCCCUACGACCCCAAGAAAUACGACGUAUGGAGCCUGGGCGUUGUGCUCUACGUCAUGGUCACCGGGUGCAUGCCCUUCGAUGACUCGGACAUUGCUGGCCUGCCCCGGCGCCAGAAGCGCGGUGUGCUCUACCCCGACGGCCUCGAACUGUCGGAACGAUGCAAGUCCUUGAUCGCCGAGCUGCUACAGUUCAGCCCAUCCGCCCGGCCCUCGGCGGGCCAGGUGGCGCGCAAUGGCUGGCUGCGGGCCGGGGACUCCGGCUAGGAGCCGGGGUUCUCGCUGUUCCCGCCGCACCAGGCCCUGAGCCAGGGCGGCGCACGCGCGACAGGCGAGCUUCGGGAAACCCGCGAAGUCGCCGCGCGCCACUGCGCACGAGCCCUGUCCCUUCCCCUGCCCCCACGGCGGCGGCCCACAGAGGUCGGCUGUUGGAUUCUGGUUCCUCCUGCACAACCCGAUUGCUGGAGGGCGCAUGCGCAUCCUCGAUUUCUGGCGAGAAGGCCCCGGGAGGGGCGCGAAGAAAAGAGAGAGAAGCAUUGCGCCUGCGCGGAAUGAGCUCCUGCUGCGCGAUGGGUGGCCCCGGCGCGGAGAAGCUGCGGGCUGGCGGUGCACUCCAAGUUCCAGCUUAGGCUGGCCUGGAACUUGGACUCUCCUGCCUACGCUUCCUAAGUUUGGGGUGACAGGUGUGCAGCCCAGUUCGGCAUGUCUUGAACCAGGACCUGGGACUCCAAGAGGCUUGAACCACCCUUGCCUUCACCAAAGUGCAAUGUCAAGUAAAAUGAGACGAGAUGUGGAAAUAGUUGCAUGGCCAACCUGGGCUACUAUGUAACCCAAAUAGAACUUGGAGCAAUCCUCCUGCUUCCACCUCUUGGGCAGUGUGAUUACAGGGUCUCAGAAUUCCCCAACAUAAGGAGGCUACCAAUUCCAGCUCAUUUAUUGGAACAUCUAUUCCAGUUUGGUGGCAAACUUCAAAAACAAGAAUUAUCAAAGAUUUAGUCACAAUAAAUACAAGUGCAGCCGCCCCAGCCCCCACGCCCUGCACUACUGUAACUGUUGUACACGAGGAUUUAGAAACCACGUUUUGGCAACAGUCCAAGGUCUUCAGGCUGACAUGACUUGGAACGGUGAGGUCCACCUUUCCCAAACACCGUUCAUUCUGAUACUCACCCUGGUUCUCUGCUUCCAAUUAAAUGUGGUAUGGGGGUAUUACA